UCCGAAGGCGACGAGAGCAUCACUCGAUGCGUUUGUGGCUUCAACCACGACGACGAGUACAUGAUCUGCUGUGAUGGCUGCGGCGUUUGGCAGCACGUCGAAUGCAUGGGACUGGAUAAGAACAACAUUCCGGAUUCGUACUUCUGUGAAAAGUGCAAGCCGCGUCGGGUGGACAAGACCCGAGCUAAGUCUCUCCAAAUGCGGAAGAAAGACAAACUCUCUCCGCUCCGGAACUCCGCUGGCGGCGGCGCCUCUGAGCCCGGCUCGGUCCAUAUGAAGAAGUCCGAAGAUCACGGACUGAACGGUUUCGUCGACGUAGGGGUUUCCGAAAUGGGUAUCUCGAACGGUCUCGCCAAAAAACAUUUCAACCGACGCUUCCUCAAGAACAAACAGAAGCAGAUACUGAAGAAUUUCAGGAAUCGAAGCACGGUCAAGGGUAAAAUGAAGGAGAAUAAGGCUCAGCGUGGCAUGAAAUCCCCGUUGAGUUCUCAGUCGACGUCGGCGAUCUCCGGAUCUCCCUCGACAACGCCAGGCAAGCGACCUGCUCUGAAAAAUGGGAAACUGUCCGCGAAACGGAAACUCCUGGCUCAAGACGCGCUCGCCAAACUUCGUAGUGGCAAGAAAACCCAAUCGGGAGCAUACAGCCGAACAAACCAUCUCCGGAGCUCAGCACCAAUCAAAAGCGAGAUCGAUGUCGCCGACGCAGAGGAUAUGCUGGAAGACGACGACGAUGACGAUGACGACGACGACGAGCUGUACGAAGAGUCAAUUAUCAAUCAGUACACACCGGAGGUUCAGAUCCUCACUCUGCGAGGGAACUCGGCCGCACAAGAAGUGCUGCUCAAGAGAAUAAUGGCUUUGCAUUCGACCAAGUCCUAUCGGUUGUGUGAAGUAAGCCUCGGUGACACGAAAGGUCUUGUCGCCACAUCCCAUUUCGAGCCGGGCUUCCCCAUCGCCGAGAUCCGGGGUCGAUUCAUGAUCAUGGACCAGUUCAGUGGGAACCGUAAAACCAGUCAACACCAUGUGCUCUUCUACUCGCCGACGGGCAAACUCCUGACGGCGAGCUCGGAUCGCGAACGCACGGAUUCAUCAGACGACGAGGAAGACGACGACUUCGAAGAGACGCUAUGCGUUGACUCCCGACGUUACGGUAACGAAGCGCGGGCGGUGCGAAGAUCCUGUCAUCCUAACUCGGAAUUGCGUCACGUGGUCCAGAACGGACUUCUACAAUUGUGGAUCGUGGCGGGUCCUCGAGGUGUUCGGCACGAGGAAGAGAUCACGAUCGCCUUCGAGCUGCCGCCGGCCUCGGGCUUGGAUUGCGCCUGCGGUCGGACAUCGAAUUGUAAAUAUCGAGCGUCCAAUUGUCGGGGCAAGCUCCCCCCGCAAAAUCAUCAUCAACAAUCGCAACAACUGCAUCACGCGCAGCAGCAGCAGCAGCAACAACAACAACCUCGAACCCCAAGUCGUCCCAAGAAACUUUCAUUAAUUGAACGAAAAUCGUUGUCAAAUCUCCGUUCGUUAUCGCCUCCCACGAAUCAUUCUGUUGCAUCGUCACCGAUCACCCCGAUAACUCACAAGAGCUCCGCGCCAUCAACGCUUUUGCCGCCAUGCGCGAAGGACUCGAAGGAGUCGCUCCAUUCUCCGACUUUCAGCUCAAACUCUGCGACGUUGGUGAGCCCUCCGGCGUCGUCCCCGCUCACGUCGUCGGAGCCUGGAGGAGGAACAACAACGAUUGCUGCAGCUACUGCUGCCGUCACCGCCGCCGCUCCGGCGUCCGCUCCUACGCCGUCGGCGUCAGCAGCGGCUUGCCCACCGGCGGCAGGUGGAGCGGCCGCCGUUGCAUCGGUAGCGGCAACCGCGGCGCCGACAGCAGCGAUCGCACGCGCCGUAGGCUCACCGACAUCGGUGGGCGCGAUCGCGAUGUUUGCGACAAAAAUCAAAACCGAGAAAGAAGAUCCCGACGACAUGAUCGAAGUCGACGAGGCCGUGUCGUCGAUAGCCCCGCCGGCGGAUUCCGCGACGUCGUCCCCGUCGACGAACGCUGUCCCGUCGUCGUCGCCGCCGGUCAAAUGUGCCGCGGUCAGGAAACGCAGAACGUCCUCGAUGGCGGAUGUGAACGUGAAACAGGAGCUUUCCGAUGAGCUCGACAUCAAAACCGAAUUGGCCGAGAGUCAAGACGGAAUACACGUCACCACUAGUCACCACCAGCAGCAGGGCGAAUCGGCGGAGAAGGUCCGAGAGGACAAAGGGUCCGAGCGUAAGAUGACUCGCGAGGAGCGCAAACUCGACGCGAUCAUGAGGGCGUUCGAGAAAAUGGAGCAGAAGCAGAAACGGAAGCAGAUGGCCGCCGAACAUCGGCAUACGCCCGGCAAGGAAACGGCGGAUAAACGGCGUUUCAGUGUCGCCAACAACGACGGCUCAUCGGACGAGAGGCCGUCGUCGUCGAGCAGCGGUCUGGCCUCGAGCGGCAAGAAGGGCCGCCGCAAAAGCGCAUCGAACACUCCAAUGAAACGAGGCAGGGCCCGAACUAUAAGCGGCUGUUCGGAGGUCAGUCAUCAUCAGAACUCCAAUGAUUGCUUCGCUCAGCCAGCCAAGUCAAAGCGCUUGUUGAUGCAGGGCUGGCUGCAGGAGAAGCACAACGGGGCUUCGGAUCUCUCUGGCGGCGAUUCGCCCUCGCAUCCGCCCAGCAGCGGUCUCAAGGAAGAGGAAGAGUCCGUGUGUUUUGUCCGAGACAGCCACAGCGUCGGCAACGCGAUGGCCCAUCUACGGCGAUCGAACUCGCUGUCCACGACGGCGGCGGUCACCGGUGCCCAGCAAGGCGCGACCAGCAACUGCGCGUCUGGAGCAGGUUCGGCGAAGAAACGCUGGCUGCGUCAAGCUAUGUGUGACGACGGCGACAGCACGCCCGAAGCCCAUUCCCCCUCGAACACCGGCAGCGUCAACCACAGUGGGCAACUGGGCUCGAGCGCCAACACCGACGUGCACAGUGCCACCGACGACGACAACACAACGCACGGUGCCGAUCUGGUGACCCCGUUGAAGAAACGACGUCUAAUGAGAGAGUCGAUCGACAGCCCGAGUCCGCUGACCGACUCGCCCCAUCUCGACGAUCAUCACGACGACGAUGACGGCGGGAGCAGCGGCGGCGGCAAGGAACCGCUUGUCGAUGUGGUUCACGUCAACGAAAAGGACGACUUUGCGGCAACGACGGCGGCGUCUGAAGAACCCCGAGACGGACAAAACGACUGUGAUGUCGAUGAUGAUGAUGAUGAUAUGGACGUGUCAAUGUCACGAACGACGGACAAAACGCUCGAUGCGGACAACCAGGACGCUCCGAACGCCGUUCUGGGCCAGUCUACGUCCGUGGAGUCGGCGACCGAGAGCGAAAGUGUCGAGCUCGAGAAACCCGUGGAGAGCUCAGCCUCUUCGACCCCUGUGACGCAAGGGGACGACUCGACCGACGCGCCGGUCACGGCCGAAGGGCCGAAGACCGCAGAGAAAUCCUCUGGGAGGAACUCGCUCGUGAAAGAGACCAAAUCCCGGAAAUCAUCAAAAGAGGUCGGUAGCAAGAGACGGUCGUCAGCGGUUUCCGAUUCGGAGUCCGAGGAGAGAAGUUCCGCACAGCAACGACAAGAGAAUCCCAACCCGGCUGCGACCACCACCGGAGAGGCGAGCCCCGAGGCGAUGGAGGAAGAGUCCAAGGAGCCGAGGAGCUCGAAAGGGAAAAACAAGGAGACCGAUGUCGCUCAUGAAAAGUCCGAAGGCGAUCAGCUGAAAGAUGUCGCGCCUCAACUCAAGGCGGAGAAGAACUCAGCAGCUGGAGAAGCCAAACCUCAGAGAGAGGACAGCGCCAGCAGCAGCAGUUCCAGUGGCAGCAGCAGCGGCGGUGGCCGGAACAGGAACCCUAAAGACCCGAGGACUCUCAAAGACGAAGUAAAAGCAGCCGCAAAGGUUUCGAGGAGUGACUCGUCAAGCAGCAAAUCUUCGAAAGAGAAGUGCUCGUCGAACAAACACACGAGCAAGGAUGUGAAAUUGCCCAAGGACGAAAAAGAGGCCGCCAGCAGCAGGUCCACGAACUCGCUGAAGGAGUCGAACAGGAAACAGAAGGAGAAAAACGAUCACGUUUCUCCUUCGGAGGACAUUCUGUGCGACGAGACUGACCCCUUUGCGAGGGCGCUCUUCUUGAAAGGAGCUCCUGCUCGCCAUCAGCUCAAGGAGAAAGAUCGAUCGAGCAGAGACAAGAAAGAAAAACAUCGCAAAGACCGCAAGGAUCGUUUCCGAGAACUUAGACAGGACAGGAGCUCUGUAGACGAACCUGUUGAGGUCGUGCACCAGAAGCCGAGAGAAAGCACCGAUUCGCCAGGCGAAUCUGUCAAGACGACCGAGACAGAGGACGAACGGCAGAACUGCACAUCGCACAUUGUUCAAGAAGCGGCACUCGCGACUGGCUCGGAAACCGCAACAGUGGCCGCAGCAGCAGCAGCGACAUCAACAACAACGACAGCCUCACCACCACUCGCGGAGAACGAGAUUCUGACCGACGAGGAUAAAUGCAGGAUUUCGACACCCCCUGCUCCUGAAGUGUCUGGAGGUAAAGUAGAGGUUUCGAAGGAAUCGAUGGAAGACGACGACGAUGACGACGAUGUGGCGGUGGAAGGCUCAACGACACCGACGCUCGAUGAAGUGGACAACGCGCAACCUUCGGCGCCGGAAGCCAAGGGGACAUCAGCAACGAAUUGUGGAGAUGUUCUCACGCGGCUGCCGCCGAUCGAGCCUCUUAGGCGGCUCUCGCAGCAGUCCACCGAGAGCGAACCACCGAAAGACCGCAAGAAGAAAGUUAGUUUGUCGGAGUAUUUGAAACGGCAACGAAGCGAACCCGCUCCGGGAUCGGUACAAUCGGCAAUCGCUGCGUCCACUCCGAACGCGACCAACAACGAUAACAACAACACGAUCGGUCGACCGAAGUUAGGUUUGGGAAUGAAGUUGGCUCCUCUGUCGGAUGAGCUGCUCGGGAAUCUCUCGAAACUUACGGCUUCUUCGCAAAAUAACAAAACGACCCCUUCGUCGAUAAUUUCGCUGAACCGGAGCAAAAGUAGCUCGGAGCCCUCAAAUCCGACGAUGCACCUGCCGUCCUCUAUCAUAUCGAGUCUACCUGCCGCUGUAACGGCGCCCCCGAUGCAGCUGUUGACGACGUCUAACCUUCUCGGCGGACCGAGCGGUUCGUCAACGCUGCUCAAGUCGGCGCUGUUCCCGGACACUCCCGAGAGGGAACGAGACAUUGAAUCCUCUCUGCUGGACUCACCUCAAAGCCGCCGUGAACCACUCAGUCAGAGGUUGCGACGCGAGUUUGGCCUCUGUGCAAAUGACUCGAGCGAUCUGUCGAAUCCGUCUGCGUCGGCGUCAAUCGCAGUUCCGACGGCUUAUCCUUCUGGAAGUUUUCCAACGGCAACGGUGCAGACCCCCAACGGACCUCAGCAGGUUUUCUACGUGCCCCAAGCCUCAAAUAGCGUCGUGACUCAGCGUGGCGGUAAAUCCGCGCUAGGCUCCCUCGGCACCGUAGGUCCAUCAGCGAUUGCUGUUGUGGGGAGCCAACGGGCUUAUAUGGGCAACGGACCACACCACGGUAAAGCCUCGAACGUGGGCCCGCCGCGUCCGAGGGCCAACAACGGCGGCUCCGGAGCAGGUUACAAGCCGGGUUUCUAUUGA